AUGGCAGACACUACUCUCUGUAAACGCCUAGGUCUCCCGUGCGACUCUUGUCAGUGGAGCACGCCACUGAGGUGCUUGAGCGACUCCGCCUUCCUGUCAUCCCACUCCGGGGACGAGUUCGGCGUGGCCUCGCCGUCCCGUGCUUUGGCCCCUUCCCUCAUUUAUUACGCCAAGGAGAGGGAGAGGAUUGCGGCGCUUCAGAUGUGGCUCGACGAGCUUUCCACGGACACCGCCGUGCUCGAGUCCUUGGAGCAAAGGGGUGCUGCUCUCGGCCCUGCUCCAGGCCGUUGA